AUGAUGUUUCAGCCUAGUUCUUCAAAGCCUUAUGAAUUCCUUUCAGAAUCUGAUUCAGAUGAUACCCAGAGCCUCUCCUCUUCUGAACCUGAGUCCUUCGAAAAUGAAAGCAACACAUCUGAUUACCCUGAAGACAGCAACUCUUCUGACAUGGCUGAUCUCACUACUUUCCUUUUGGCUACUCCUGAUGAACCCACUGAUGAGCCUACUCAACAAACGGCAGAAGAUAGUGAUCUUGAACCACAAGAUUCCAAUGAAGAAUCUUCAUCAUCCCUUUCCAACACCAAAUGGUCCUUGGUUUAA